UAGUACCGCAAAAAGAUGCGAGAACAUACUCCACCAACUUGGCAAAAUAUCACGGUUGACGAGAAAGCGGAAACAAGUGCGGUGGCACCUGGCUGGUUUCUAGUAUCAGAAAAAGCUGUUGCUUUAAUGUUUAAUGAUUCAGUUUCGGUUUUGAACUCUCAAGACACAGACAAGGGACACUUGUAGGCAUACAUUCGUCUUUAAAACGAACCAUGAAGUGUUUAGCCCUGGUUACAUUUUUACUGCAUGGCAGUGCUGGAAGCAUCCUGUCCAGUUUCAUGGGAUCUUCUAUUCCAGAAUCUCCCUCGUCGUCGUCGCCUCCCGUGAUCUCCAUUGUAUCCUGCAACAACUCUGAAAACCCGCUCACACACAACACCCAAUAUCAAAUUGGAAACAAAAACGCACUUCCGGAGUCUUCCAACUACUUUGUUCCCACCAUCUUAAACUAUUCUCCAAAUCGAUUCCCCCAAAGUGGAAGUUAUGCAGGUGGUGCUAAUGAUGACGAUAUCAUGGACAUUGGAAAUCGUAUCAGAAGACCAUUAUCUAACAUCCCCAAAAUUUGGAUGCCUUCCCGUCUGAACGUGCCAAGCGUCCGACCCGAACCCGUAAAGAAUUUUGGGCAGAACAACUUUGGUUUAGAAGAGAUGAAUGCAGGGAACACGCUGGAUGUGGAAGCUCGAGUCAAAUUUUAUUUGUUUACAAGGAAGAACCAUGUGGUAAGUCAGGAAUUAAAGAUUCACCAUCCUUCCACCAUCAACGAAAGCCACUUUUCGCCCAGUCUGGAGACGAAAUUAAUUUUUCACGGGUUCACGGACGUGGAUGCCGCAGGAGAAUGGGUUAAUGUGAUGAAAGAGACUUAUUUGACUGUCUCGAACGUGAAUCUAAUUGUGGCCGACUUUUCAUCCUUCCCAUUGCAAACUCUCCUCCCUUCGUCUAUUCCCAUUUUCGCUGCUAAACGACUCACCGAAUUCCUUACCUUUCUCGCCACCGAGGCUGAGGUUCCUCUUAGAUCAAUCCACAUAAUUGCCAGGUCCUACGGGUGUCAUGUGGUUGGGAUGAGUGGACGACUGUUGGAUGGAAAAUUGGGGCAGAUCACGGCUCUUGAACCAUCUCCAAAGGUUACAGUCGUUGGAAGUCCUCCAGAGUUUAAGCUUGGAAAAGAUGACGCCCUGUUUGUACAAGUAAUCCACGUUAAUGGGAAGAGAUUUUUCUUCCACGGUCCACAAUUCGGCCUAGUUGCUCCUAUGGGCGACGUAGAUGUGUAUCCCAGCGUUGCAGAAAGGGGACUUGGAUGUCCUGGGGAAAAUAAUAAUUUGAAUGUCAGAAGAUACAGUUUGGGCUACUGCCAGUUAGGCCGUGGAGUGAGAUAUUUCACCAACUCCCUCAAGUACCCCGACAUGUAUCCAAUGUGCCAAUGCUCAUCGUUUGACAACUACAAGGCUGGACACUGCAGCUGUCACAGCCGUGAAACGAUGAGAUUCUUGGGAGAAAUCUUAACCACGACGCAUGGUGUCUUCCAACUUGCUGUAGUUCCUCAAACUCAAAAUCCUUCGUUCACAACUUAUUAUAACAAUAAUCUCUUUGGAUGAUGAAUCGCUUUUUGAGCGUGACGUUAAUUUUACUUACUUUCUGAAAGACUUCAAUUAACCAAAAUUGUUGAAAUGAUGUAUACAUAAAUAUAACAACAUUUUUACCUACAA